AUGGGCUUCGUGAGCUGGCCGUUAUCCUUGCGCCACGCGGAUGAGUCGGAGCUGGAUUCGGAGGAUUAUCUGGAUCAAUGGGGCCAGGAGCUCACAGAGUUCCCAAGUUCUCGCCUGGUUGAGUUCUCUCAGUUUGGCGCCAGAAACCGGGGAGGCCCCAUGCUGAUGAUGGCCAAAGGGAUGGCUGCUCCCAUGGCUCUCAUGGAGAGUGCCCCGGUGCCGCCAGGCGCCCACGCAAUGGUUGCGGAAGCCAGCAUGGACAUGGAAGCGGAUUCCGCCGCUCCCCAGGCGGGCUCGGGCAAUGGGGCUCAAGUGACCCUGAGGAAGCGAUUCGCCAAGCUGGUAGCCCUGAACCGGGCGCUGCUUGAACCGGGCCUCAACUCCUGGAAGACUCAUGUUCGGCUGCCACAGGACCUCUCCACUUACGUGAUCCGCGUUGUUGCCGUGUCCCAUGAGGACAGCGGCGGCUGGUCUUGGGGAUCUGCCGAGUCUUCUGUGCAGACUUCGCAGCCAGUGUACGGAAAGCCACUGCUGCCGCGAAUUCUUCGUUUCUUGGAUGUCUGCCGCAUGGGCGUGGCAAUCCAGGCGGUGAACGGCGAAGCUCCUCGACCUCUUGUCGUGGAAGCCGUCAAUGUGCAAAACCUUCGCGUCUUAGAUGAGGCAGAGCAAGCCAUCACCAUGACCUCUACCUCCACGGAGGUCCGCUUCACCUUUGCUUCGGACGUAGCUGUCGGCCCGGCGUACAUUGUGUUCAAUAUCAAGGAUGCUGAGACGAAGGCUGUGCUGGACUCCGUGGCAGCGAAUGUGAACGUGGAGGUGCAACAGCAGGGCUUGCGCAUGGCCUCCACAACAAGCAUCAGGGCCAACGCUUCGCAGGCCUCUGUGCGCAAGGAGGCCAUUGCACCUCUGAAUGCUGUUCCCGGGUCCGGUGAGAUGUCGUUUUCCGCAUCUGUUGGCUUUCAGGCACCUCUUCUUCAGGCCAUAUUGGAGUUGGCACCGCGGUCCUACGACAAUUGGCAACCGCUGGGCGAAGACCUGCUGGCGUUGCUGCUCGGCGGUCUGAUUUUGCACGUCGGCUAUGGCCUUGAG